AUGUCUUCCUCACGACACAGCUCCCGAACCCACAGCGCCAGCAGUGCCGGAGAGAGCUGCGCCUGGCAAAGCAAGCUUGAAGACGCAUGCCGCGAGUACCAGAUCGCCUCGCCCUCGUUCCAAAUCGUCUCAGACAGGAGAGGUGGUCGCACAGCCUGGUCGAGCCGCGUGACCGUCAACGGCGCGAUCCACCAGGCCCGGUUCUGGUACGAUGGCAAGAACCUCAACAACGCCAAGGAGGACGCCGCCGAGGUGGCCCUCAGCUUCAUCUCCAUGGCGGCGUCGCCACAGACGUCGAGGAGGUGGUAG